AAUGCAUUUAUUGUGUAGCCGUUCAUCCUGAUAAACUUAACUCUCUCCUAACUUUCUUCUCUUUUAGUUCUUAAUUUAUCGAAAAGAAAGGAAAUAUGAUUACGACAAAAGUGAAACCUUCUCAUGCUUGGCCAACCCCCAGAAUAAUUAGAGGUAAAACUUGGAGGGAAUAUAUGGAUUCUACAACUUUUCACGGCGUCAGUAAUAUAUUCGAUAGAGAUCAUUCAAUAAUUCGACGCAUAAUUUGGGCAUGUUUCGUUCUAACGGCUUUGGCUUUCUUUCUGUAUCAAGUCAUAAGCAGAUCAAUUGAUUUCAAUGCGAAAGAAACAACCGUCGAUGUUGAAGUUAUCUAUGCAGGGAAACUCAACUAUCCAACUGUUACAGUAUGUAACCAAAACAAAUUCAAGAUAACAAAAACUUCACAUAUGGGCCUCUAUAAAUUUAUACAAAAUUUUUAUACUUUGCAAAAUCGCAAGAAAUCGUCGUUAAUGAUUCCGAGAGGAUUCUCCAUUGAUACCAAAACAAUUUUUAAAACAGCUGGCCAUCAAAAAUCUGAUCUGAUUUAUUCAUGUGAAUGGGCCGGGCGAAAUUGUACUAGCGACCAAAUUAUCGAAACUAUAACUGAAUAUGGAAUUUGUUAUACCUUUAAUUCUAUAAGGUCCAAAAAUCAGAGUGAGCUACUAACAGUAAGCGAAUCAGGAACGGCUAAUGCUCUGUCGAUAGUUUUAAAUAUUGAACAAUACGAGUAUAUGAAUGGUCCGGAUAAUGAUGCUGGAGUAAAAAUCUUUUUACACAAUGAUUACACCAGACCUCUAAUGACGGAUUUGGGUUUUGCUGUAGCAUCUGGUACCCAUACUCUCGUGGGUGUAAGAAGAAUUGAAUCUUACAGUUUAGACGCACCUUACGGAAAUUGUAUACAUUCUAAUUUCAAAUCUCAUGCAGAAUGUGUUGAUCAUUGUAGAAUGAGAGUUGUAAGUGAAAGGUGUAAGUGUAUACCCUAUGAGGCUUCGUCAAUUUUAACUGUAAGCAAUACCACAGGAAUUUGUAAAAUAAAAGAAAAUUUAAUAUGUGUGACAAGAGAAUUGGCAAAAGUGAAAAAGAAUAAGAAUCUGUGCUCUUGUCUGGUCCCUUGUGCCCAAAUUGUUUAUGAGCCUUCUCUCUCUUAUUCAAAGAUUUCCCAGCUAAGUGCUGAUAAAGUUACUCUUGGCGAUACGGACACUUUGCAGAAACUUAAAAAGUCUUUAAAGGAAGCAUUAGAAACGGGAGAAAUAUUUGUAGAGGAAAAAAGAGCAAAUAAUCGUUUGUUUAUGAGUUCAUUUUCAACUGCAACAGAUCAAUUUUUAGCAGCUAUAGACACGCUUAAUACUUUAUUAACUGACACUAGUAAUUAUAAAGCGGCCGUUAUUCCAAAUAUGAUGGAGUUAUGGGAAAUAGUUAAAGAAGAUUUAAGUAUAACGAUGAUGAAUAUUCAAAAAGCCUACCGCUUCUCCUCUACAAACAAAAUGAGUAGCCUCGAAGACGAUCUUGAGCCAGUUGAAAAAGAUUUAGAAAAGAAUAUCCCUGAUGUCUUUUAUGUAUCUAAAGAUGACAAAAGUCUGCAAGCUCUAAAAGAUAUUGAAACAUGUUUUAUUAGGAAUGGAAACAAUUCGAACGCUUUGUGGAACUGCGAUGAUAUUAAAAGUAAUUUUAAUAAAUUAGGACCAAAAGGCCCACAAGGUCCGGGUUCUCCUCGAAAGAAAUAUUGGGAUUUAUUCAUAGGCGACGAUUUUCUAAAAUCUCUUAGUGGAAUAUUGGAUAUUGAAGUUCCUUUUAAAGAAGAGAUUAUGAAGAUAUUUGGCAAAAAUUUAACGGAUGAUUCGAUGAGAGGCAUUAAUAAGAAAUGUCUACCAGUUUUAAAUCGUAUUACAGUUGUAAGGAAUAAAGUAGCCAGCUCAAUAAGUGUUCUUGGGGCAAACGUCAGUUUGGCACAGAAAAAAGAAGAAGUAGUAAACUUGUAUGAAGGUCUGAAAAAAAUACCCCAGUUUGUAGAACCUUUGGAGGAUUUAUGCUUUUUCUUCGCCGAUGAUGACUUUUGGGAGGAAAAGCUUGGCAUGAAAGGUAUGAUAAUUGGUUUUGAGAAAGCAUAUGGAGAAUAUAAAGUUUAUAAUCGCGAGGUUGAAAAAUAUAUCAAUAAUACGAAAAAAAAAGUUGAGAGAAUAAAUGAAUUGAAUACGAUGAUGACGGAAUAUUUGAAAUUAGAUAAUUAUUCUGCCAAUUUAACUAAAGAAUCGAUAUAUGAGAAACUAUCAUCAACAACAAUGGAUAGAGAUUUGAAUGAAAUUGCCUUAGCUGACCAAUAUGUAUCAACUUUAUCAACGAACUUUGAAGCCUCUUUUAAAACAACAGUUUCAUCUCUAAGACAUAUUGAACGUAAACUUAACGAGUUAGUAACUUGGCCUUUUCCUAUCGUGAAUCGCGAAGGUAAUAAAACGUCUCCUCUAUCCUUAUUAUUUCCAAACUAUACUCUUCAAUAUGAGAAUGAUAAAUUGAAUAAAUUGAAUUGUAUCAAUAUAACAUGGACUUUAAACAAUUACGAAGGGUGCGUUGAUGUUAUUUCAACUAUAUAUCAGAAAGAAUGGCAAAAUGCCCUUCGUGAAGUUUCAAAAUAUGGCUAUAAUAUGGAUAAAAGUGCAGAAAAUUUAAAAGAUGAAAUUUAUGCUUACAGAAAAUUAUUGAAAGUUGAUGGAGAUUUCUUUUUCCGAAAUUUUGCUAAAGUCGACAUCUAUUAUAAAGAACUAAGUUAUCAAAAGAUUCAACAACUGGAAAAAUUCGAAUUCCUAUCUUUAAUUUCUGAAAUUGGUGGAUUUAUGGGCUUGUUGCUAGGAGCUUCAGUCCUUACUAUUAUAGAAUUGCUUGAAUACUUUGUUGUUAGGGUUAGUAAUACUUAAACAUACGUCUGGACCAUCUUGAAAAAUAGUAAGGGAUUUACAGGAUUGACUGUUUUUCAUAUCAUUUCAUAGAAAACUACUUUAUAGGAAAGGACAAUUUAUGAGUACUCUUUUUGAAAAUUAGCAAUAACCGAUAUGCUCUUAUCUUCAUUCAGAAACGAUUAAUUAUUUAUCAGGUGAAAUUAGAUGUUUCAGAUGAAAUAGUUUUUCUUUAAAAUAUGCCGUCCAUAAUAGUCAGCAUUUAAACCGUUUUUAGUUGUGGUUAUCACGUUCAAGCUGCACGAAAAUUUUGGCGUUUUCGAGUAGUGUAAGAAAUUAAAUAGCUCCAUCUUUAUUUAUUCAACAUGUGUGGUUUGCAAGGAAAUGCUAAAAAACAAGAGAAUAUUAUUUAUAUUCUCAACAGUUAUGGAUUAGAUUUCCAACAAAAGCAGUUCAUAUAAAUCAAUGUGUCCUAGAGAAUAUUUCUUAUUAGAUGAUCCGAUGUGAAUUAGUCAAUCCAAUAAAAAAGACCCUUUAUAAGAUGUCUCUUUUACGAAACACUCUCUCGUGAAACAGACAAUAGCUACAUAUACUAUAUACAUUAUAUCUGUAUACUUCUAAUGUUAAUUUUCUCUCACCUAUAGGCAAUAAUGAAGUUGUUUCAUAGCGAAGGAUCAAACUCUGUGGCAAGUCUAAAAAGUUUAACUAAUUUUAAAGAAUAAAACACCUUUAUAUAUGGUAUGAAAGCAGUUAAAUAUACUAAUAUAAUAAUAUUUGUAUUUUAAAAGCUAUAAAGUAUUUGUCAUUGUUUAAGGUAAAACAAAGACAAGUAAACAGAUUAUGUAAAGUCUAUUCUUUAGUUUUAGUAUUUGAAGUGUUAUCUUCUAAUUUUGUUGCUCACAAAACUCUAUUAUAUGUUAACCUUAUACUUUUUUGUAUAAAUCUAUAUAUUUUGUUAUAAUUGUAUCAAAUUUAGAAUCUAUUGAAUACACACUUGAUUAAUGAAA